AUGGCACCGGAUAUCAUGGGCCUCGGCCCGCCAUCCAAGAAACGCAGGGUAUCGCCCGACGGCGAGGCGGCAGCAGCAGGAUCCGCGGAUUCCACACGGACGUUAUCAUCACAAUCCCAGCUUUCUGCUUCUCGAAGGAAGAAGUUACCACCGAUAGCAAGACAGCAUAUGCCAGUUGAUGCUGCUGCUACCAUGCCGCCCAGUAUUGUGGAUCCGUUGUUGGAACAGUCAAUCGCGUUGGUACUCAAGACGUAUGAUUUUGAUGGAGCGACAAAGGUUGCUUUGAAUCAGAUACGGCAGAUGGCUGGACAAUUCCUGCAAGACAUCACUACGAAAACCAUGACAUACUGCGCUUCACAACGCCGAACGCGUCCCACAAUCACCGAUUUCGAAGAAACUCUCGGUUUAUCUGGUUAUACCGCGGCCGACCUCGAAGAUGAAAUCACUCGCUACAGGAGAUCGCAAACCUCCUCCUCCUCCACCACCCCCCACCCAGACACAAAGAAGGAAUCUGCAAUACCGGCUCUCACAAACGGCACAAAGAAAACUUUACCCAAACCCCAUAUAUACAAACUACCAAAUCCGGACCCCGCACUACCAGAAGAGCCCUCGCUUAUCGACCUCCUCGGUCCGGAACUACUGAAACCUCGGAAACGAUACAAACUACCCCCUCCACCCCGCCCUUCGUACAUGGCACAGCUCGAACAGGCCAACCCGAAUAAUCCGAAAUUUGUGGCACAGACCAAACCCACGAUUACUGUACAAACCGAGAGACCGUAUAUCGACCCCCACCAGCCUGCUUGGCCUGGUAAACAUACCUACGAACACCACGAAGAGGUUCUAGAGGUUGUCAGGGAUGCGAAGAAGUUGAGAGAGCUGGCUAGCGAGGAGGCACGACAGAGUGGAGAGACGCUUAGAAAGCUAUUGGCGGAAUUUAGUAAAGCCUCUACGGCGACUAGGAACCGAGGCGAGACAAAUGGUGGGUCGGCUAAGAAGAGUGGAUCCGAGAUCUACAAGGGAGGGAAUGCAAGACGGAAGAGAGAUGAGAUGUUUGAGAAGACUUGGAUGAAUGUUAUCAAAUCUAUCGAAGCGGAGAAGGAUAAAGCCAAGGCAGAGUUAGAAGAGAAGAGACGCCAGAAGAAGGAAAAGCGAGAACAAGCCAGGAACGGUGCGGCUAACGGGCUGUUCAAUGGAGGUAAUCUGAUGGAGAUUGACUUCGAUGAGGAAAGUAGCGACGAUGAAGCCGCAGAGGCAGUAGAGAAGGAGACACAGAUCGAUGAGAAGGGACUGUUGGAUACGGUGGUUAAUUGUGAGAAAGCAUUAUUUGCGAAGGGAGCGAUGCGGAGAGUGAUGUUCCGCUGA